AUGAAAGUGGUUGAAGUAUCACUAUCACUCAAUGACUGGUUUGAACUAAAAUUGAUGUGUUUCAUUUCAGUAAGUAGUUUCUAUCCUUGUGGUGGCCAUAUUUUGCGCACAAUGACAGAUACAAAGAAGCGCGAUGAGACUGUGCCUGAACCUAAUGCAGUACGCUCCAUCGAUUAUUCAAGUGAAAAACAAUACGCAAGUCUUCGCGAACCACCGUCCACAGAGCUCUAUCCCUCGCUGCCGAGUUCCGUCAGCAUGCCGACAUAUCCCAGCGAUCUUCGGGGAGAGAAGUUACAGCAUUUGUCCGAAACAGAAUGGGAUCGAGCGCAAAUGGCUUUUCCCUCGGACUUCUUGAAUCUUGAGAGGAACAGCGAAAGAGUGUCAGUCUUCGCUGCUGCUGAUAAAGCCCUUGAGCAUCAGUUGCGUGUUGAAGAGAGGCGAAGAUUAAGGAAACUAGCCAAGCGGAACCGAAGAAUUGAAGCUGCGUUGAGAAAGAAAAGAAUGCAAGCCAUCGAAACAUUUGCUCAGUUGGUUACAGCGGUCACAGCUCUCUUGAAUGAGGACAGAGUCAAGAGCAACGGCAUCGAGAUUCGCGUAUCUAUAAGAAUAAAUGGCCCAUACGGUAUAGCGAAGGAAACCACAGUGACUUCGAAUUGA